GACCAGUUGUAAAUAGGGAAAACAAAACAAUGGCUGGUCCUUCCUACUCCUCCACGUCUGCUGGAAAUCCGUCCAAACGAGCGAGAUUUGAUGUCGAUGAAAGUAUACUUUUGGAAAGACGGUUAAAAGAUUCCCUCAAACCAGGACUUGAUUGUGUUAUAAUUGGUAUUAAUCCAGGAUUAUCAUCAGCAUACCAUGGACAUAACUAUGCUGGUCAUGGUAACCAUUUUUGGAAAUGUUUACACGCCUCAGGUAUAAUUAAUUUUAAGGCAACAUAUCAAGAUGAUGACAGACUAAUUGAAUAUGGCAUUGGUUUCACAAAUAUUGUUGAAAGGACAACAAGAGGAUCAGCUGAUUUAAGUAAAAACGAGAUCAAAGAAGGAGCAAUUAUGUUGCGUCGUAAGCUGGCUCUCUAUAAACCAAAGGUUGCUGUUUUCAACGGCAUAGGAAUUUAUGAAGUUUUCUCUGGAACCAAAAAUUUUCCUCUUGGAUUACAAAGUGAAACACUGGACCAGACACUUGUUUUUGUUAUGCCAUCCUCGUCCCCUCGAUCCUCAGCUUAUCCAACAGCUCAGGCCAAGAUGCCGUUCUAUCUUGCACUGAAACAAUUACUAGAUUCAAUCAAAGCAGAUGAGUUCAAUCAAUUGGAUAAGUCGAAAGUUAUUUUCCCUCCAAAAGUGGGAAAUAACAGUAACAGUUUUAUAUCCAGAGAUGGCGCUGCUAGCUCCAAGCAAAAUAACGUGUUAACCAGAAAAGACGUGGGUGACCAUGAAAGUGACACUGAUCAACCAAUUGGCUCUCACAAUGAUACCAGUGAUACCAGUGAAAGUACCGUUGUUCUUUCCCGUUAUUUUCUAGAUACAAGUGACGAUUGAUUUACUGGUAAGAUUUGCUGUUGGAUAUGGAAAAGCCAUGAGAAAAAAACUGUAAAUAAGGAAAGUUAACCUAAAUGGAAAUUAUAAUUUAUUAAUUUUAACCGCAAAUAAAUGGCAAUCCAACGUAAAUAUGAUGAUCAACAAUCACGAGUGAAUAGGAUAAGGAAGGAAGUAAUGAAGUAAAAAUGGAAAAAAAGAAUCUACUUAACCAUAUACAGCCAAAAAAGGAUCCCAAUACAAUUUUUGUUAAACAACCUGUUUUGCUUAUUACCAUUAUUAUGAUGAUUAUUAUUGCUACAUAUUAUUUACCCAAGACCAACUUUAUCUUUUCCAAUGUUAUUCUAAUCUGGUAAAAUUUGAUUCACGGUUCAAGCGCAAAAUUUGCUCUUUUCUUCUGUGUUUGGUGUCAUUCUGCCUGCAUUUUUUCACGAUAGCAAAAUAUUUAAGUGAUAUACUGUCCUAGAUUUGUGAUUAUUUACACCAGUUUCUCAUCAUCUUACAACCAGAGGAGGCUGCUUGGCAAUCUACCAACAACCAAGCUUACAAUCGAACAGAGAAAUGUUGAAAAUUGACAAAUAAACAAAAUAUCUACACACACAUAAAAUGUACAUACAACCACACACACAAGCGAGAACUGUUUUCCUCUCAUCUUUACUUUUGAUCAACUUUUCAAAUUUUACGAUUUCCUAUCGGAAUUUGAGAGAUGGAAAAGAAAGGAAAAGAGAAAUCCAGAAAAUUUAAAAACCAUGAAUAAAGGAGGAUGAAAGGAAAUUGGAAACAAACGAUAUUCAUUAAAGAAAGCAAAAGAUGAAGCAAAGCAUUUUGCUUAAGUCAAUGAAAAAUUUGACAAUGAGAAUGGAUUAGUAAUCAAUGAAGGUCACCCAAUUAUUAAGGACACCAGAAAACGAAGGUGAAAAUGAUAUACGAGCAUUGAAUGCCAACACCAGUAAAAUGCCAAUAUGCAGACAAAAUACCAAACGAGGGGAAAAAAAGGAGCAAUAAAAAUGAUUAUUCCAUUAUCUUUAGACGCAUAUUUCCUACAUUAGCCUCAAUCAGCUCUGUGAUUAGGCCAAAACGGUGGUUGGACGAGGUCAUUUGAUUAAAGAGGGAAAGGAAAAGCUGAUUAUUUCUGAAAGUAAAGCAACAGAGCCAAUAAUGGUUGGAAGAAGAGGAAAAAUGAGACUACAAUUCGUGGAAAUAUUGGAGACAAAAAAGUUGAAUAGAAAUGGAAAGAUUGAUUAAACGUAAAAUCCUAAAGACAAGCAACUGGAGCAAAUAGUGGUUAAGAAACGUCAUCUCAUAACUGUUAACUCUCACACCCACUCAACUGUUACAAAGCCUAUCCAAUAAUAAAUUCAUUUACAGAUUGAACAGAUGGGGAAAAAGGAAAGGGAAGAUCCAAGAGAUUGAAACGUGUUUAUGCAUAUCAACAUAAAAUGUCAAUUAAAAGGAACUAAACAUUUUCAAUGAGCGACAAGAUACAUUACAUGAAUAUGCAUGUAACAGAAAUACGCAAAUUUCCCAAUCACAAUAAUCUAUCAAUGUUGUCCAAAAUUGGAUGCUUUUUCACUGGAAACCUGUUCAUCAAAAAAAAAACGUCAACCAAUAUCAAACCUUUACCACCAUUCAUCAUUAUCAGCAUUGCUAACCGGAACCAAGCUCAAUGAAUGGAAACCCUGAAGAUUGAUCCUGGAUUGAUGAUAAUUAUGGCUGAUGAUAAAUGCUAAUGCAAUUCAAUUGUCCUUAAUCAUUGGGAAAAACUUGGAACGCCACUGAUGAUGUUUUAUUAACCCGUAAAGAAGGAUUGAUCAUUAUCAAUUGGAUGUUAAUUCAUAUUAGUAACCUUUAAUUGUUAAUCUACAAUCCAAACUGCAUAAGCUGUAAAAACUCACAUGAGAGGGAGAAAGUUGAUCAACUAAUGAUAAUUCAAGUUUCAUGAAAGGUUGGUUGGUGCAAAUGUUGGUUUACCUGGAACAGUCAAUGCAUUUUAACACAUAAUAACAAGACGAAACUAAUGCACUUGCCAUAAAUCAAGGCAUCUUCUUGGGAUUCAGUGGAAGAAACCAUUAAUCAUUUUUCAGUCUGAACAAUCUGUUAAUCUUUCGGUCUACCGUUGAUUCCAUUUUGUCCUGAUUUCAGUUUCCUUUUUUUCCCAUUGAUCUUAAAUAUAUAUGUUUAACCUUCGUCAGGUUAACCUGAUUGUUUAUCAUCUGGGUAAAGAAAAGGAAUCGAGAUUGAAAUAUUUUACAAUUUAACUGACAUUUCCAACCAUUUAUCCAUGAAUUGUCAACAAUUAACAUGUAACCUUAUUUUGUUGCUGCACUGAUCUUGCCUUGAUUGUAAUAUUAAUAGAAACUGGGAAGACGACAUAUUUUAAGGUUUAAUGUACUUUGGUAAUACAUAAGUAAACAUGUAAACAGUUUCAA